AGGGAGAGAGAAUGGCUAGGAAACAUGGGAACAAGUAGGCAGGCAAUAACAAAAGAAAACGCAACGCAAGAACAAGGCUUAAUGGCGAAAUGCUAUGUUCAAGUAUCGAAGAGUGUACUCGAUCAACAUGUGCGAAUAAUAAUCCAAGCACAGUUUAUAGUUUAUGUAUGGCCCCAGCCAUGCGCCAGGCAGGUAUCGUGAAAGUAGAAAAAAAAGAGGGAAAGCAAACAACCGAAAGGAAAAAAGAAAGGAAAGAGAGAAGAAAAAAGGUUCUUUUUUUGCAACAAAGCAAGCGCAGGGCUAAGUAGAGACCGGCCGGGACGCAACCAAGGUAUAUGUAAAAUCAGACACCGAGCCACUACGCCUAGACGCCAUCGCCAAACGCAUAAGAAAGAGUCGUGG